UAAAAAACAAAAAUCGAAAUUUAAUUUAAAGCUUGAAUGCAGCAUCCUUGAAUUGAGCUCUAUAUAGAAAAUAAUAUUUAGGUGUGUAAAAUUGUAAUUAACAAAACUUGCUGUAAAAUAUUGUUUUUAAAUGGCGCGAGUAUGUUUUGUAUAGUAUCAUAAUAGAAUUUUAAUAAAGUAAAGUUGAAAUAAGUCGAAAAUGUUUGUUCUUUUGCUGUACAGGUUUGCUGUCCAGUUUAGCAGAAAGUUAUAUUUUGUUCGCGUCGCUUGCGCUGUGCCUGCGUCGUGCGUAAUGUUAGCGUGAGGAUGCGCGUGCUAAGAUCCGCCACCUGAAACGCGCUAUAAAACAUCAGCGCGAGCUGGAUGUCUCUGUCAUAUCAGGAGUUUAUUCCAUCUUAUUGACCCUCAGGAUGAUUCGCCUUCGUUUCAAACCAUUAUCUUAAGUUACUUCAAUCAUUAUCAUCAGCUGGAUGUGUAUUUUGAAACCAAAAACAGCAUCUUCGUGUUGAGCUAGUAUUUGGAGAAGUGAACAAUGAUUCCUCCUGGAGACUGUCUGUAUGCUGGAAGGAAAAGGAGAAAACCUGUGCAGAAACAGAAACCAGAGAAAGCAGGUCAGAAAUCGAAUCCGUCCAAGCGUCAUCGCGACCGUCUGAAUGCUGAACUGGACCGGUUGGCGAGUCUGCUGCCCUUCAGUGCAGAUGUCAUCUCCAAACUGGACAAACUCUCAGUGCUGAGGCUCAGCGUCAGCUUCCUGCGGGUGAAGAGCUUCUUUCAAGUGGUCCAAGAGAAAGAAAAUCACAGCAGUGAUGCCUUGACAUCGGCUCACAAGAAAGAAAUCCUGCCCCAUGUCAUAGAGAGUGAUCUUCUCCUAAAGUCUCUUCCUGGAUUUGCGCUGAUUGUGAGCUCAGAUGGUGUUAUUUUCUAUGCAUCAUCCACCAUCGUUGACUACCUGGGAUUUCAUCAGACGGACGUGAUGCAUCAAAAGAUCUUUGAUUAUAUCCAUGUGGAAGAGCGACAGGAGUUUCACAGGCAGCUCCACUGGGCGAUGAACCCUGGCCAACAAGACACUGAUGAGGAUGUUGUGAUGGGCCAUCUGUAUAUUUCUGAAGUGCUUGACGGCGUUCCUCCUGAACUGUCUCCAUUUCUCACACGGUGCUUCGUCGCUCGAGUCCGCUGCCUGCUGGACAGCACCUCAGGCUUCCUGAACAUGCAGUUUCAGGGCAGUCUGAAGUUCCUUCAGGGUCAGCGGAGGAAGACAGACUCUGGAGCUCUGCUGCCACCUCGGCUCGCUCUCUUCUGUGUGGCUGUUCCUCUAGUCCUGCCCUCCGUCAUGGAGCUCAAGAUGAAGAGUAUGAUGAUGAAGAGCAAACACAAAAGUGAUAAAAGACAACGAGUUUCCCAUGGCUCAUUUGACAGUGAAGACAUGCUACAUCUUAACUGGACGAGCUCUUCUGGUCAUGACUGUUCCUGUUCAUCCCUGACCAACAGGAAAUACAGAGGAGAGGACUGCAAAACCCAGGACAAGCCACUCAACUUCUGUGUUUCUAGACUGCAAGCUGUUGAUCCUUCCUGGGAUGCCCGCUGUCCUGCUGCCUUACGCACGGGGCCCAAUGAAAACUACCUGCCCGGAAGCGUCUAUAAGAAUAGCCAUUCUGGCACACCACAAAUCCGAUGCAACACAGAAUUGCAGAAGCUUGAGAGAUAUUGUGUCAACAGGAAGGCUGAGAGAAGGUACAUGCAGACUGAAUGUUUUAACAUGAUUCCCGAAGUGGCCAUUAAGACAGAAGAUUCAGACUCUGAGAACGGGUGUAACGUAUACGGGAUGCUUUGGUGCCCUGAAUAUGCACAGGUGAAAACCGAGGCUGAAUAUUAUGACUUUUGUGCCUCAUAUCAAAGAGGAAAAGCUGUCAUCAGUCCUCCCAUCAACAGACACCACAAGUAUCUGUGUGCAGGAGUCAGCAGACCUCUUAAGUGUGUCCUGAACAAAGACAUGAAUCACUCUGACGCUCCUAUCAGCAGUCAGGAUGGAUAUGCAUUUUCAAAUGAUCAUAAAAGCUGCAUGCAGCAUGAUAUCCGGCUGACUUGUGAGUUCAGGAGUCACAACCUUCUGCACACGAUCAAACGAGAACCUGAAGACUCUCAACCUUGUUGUGGGAAUGUUAGUCAAGGGCAUGUGCAACAACACAUUACUUCAAAUUGCACUAUGAACACUGUUCUACACAAAGCAAACCCAUAUGUUUACAUGCAGUAAACCCUGAUCACAUGCUUGCAAGGUGUAUUAAUAUUCUUCCUUUUGUUCUUUAUUCUGCAAUUAAUUCAGCCCAACUGAUUAACAUAGAAAACUUUUUUUGUCGAUAGCUUUGACAUGUUAGAAAUCUAAGAUCUACCCACUGUCAUAUUUGCAUGAUGAAUUGUGUUUUGUCACCUGAAAUCAAGUCAUGAUAACAAAAAAAUAAAUUUUUCCACUAAAUUCUAAACAAACUUAGUCUGUUUGCUGCCUUGCAAGCGCUGGUAUUUCCUUCUGGACAUAAACUAAAACUAGUUAGAAGCUAUUUUAGACUGUUUAAUCAAACACACAUACUCAGGUUCUGGAGAUGGUGUUUUGUCUCUUUGGGGUACAGAUUUUGGAUUUAUUGUGAUCCAACGUGAUAUUAAUGUGGAAAAUAUGUAUACAGACCAGAUCAUUUCUCAUGUGAAAAUGUAUGUGUGUAUAUAGCAUUUUAGAUUUUUCAAAGUGCUUAAACAUGCAUUUGCUUUAAAAAAUAAAUACAUUUGUCUUGA